UGGCUGGUUAUGCGUUCACGAGCCAUUCAUUCCAAGUUUGAAUUCAAAAAGGCGCAUUUGAUUUUUGUUCUGUUUAGUAGAAGCGACCCCAUCAAGUGUUUGUGAAAAUGCCAGCCAGAAACUUCUCCGUCCACACCCCACGAAGGUCACCCAGGUUCCUCCCCCAACAAAACCACGACACUCCCAACCCCAAAUCUGCGAAACGCAGCGUUUCUGCCAACAAAUCGGAGAAGUGCGCUGUUGGGUCGAGAAGAUCUCCGAGGCUGAACAACGUUGAAGAACAAUCUCCCCCUCUGAGACGAUCUCCCAUGUUGAACAACGAGCCAGUCGGUAAACAAUUGAAAGGCACUAGAGUGAAGAAGGGUGGUGUAGCUGCAACGAAGGAAAAUCGUGUCGUUUCGGACGAGGGUUUUGGUGGAGGAAGAAAGGAGAGAAACAGGAAGAGGGUUGAAGUUGAAACGCAAGAAAGUGUCGUUUCGGACGAGGGGUUUGGUGGAGGAAUAGAGAAGGAGAGAAACAGGAAGAGGGUUGAAGUUGGAACGCAAGAAAACGGUGUCGUUUCGGACGAGGGGUUUGGAGGAGGAAGAAAGAAGGAGAGAAACUGGAAGAGGGUUAAAGUCAAAACAAAAGAAAAUCGUGUCGUUUUGGAUGAGGGGAUUGGUGGAGGAGCAAAGAAGGAGGAAAAUGGGAAGAGGGUGAAAACGAAAGCAAAUCGUGUCGUUUCGGAUGAGGGUUUUGGUGGAGGAAGAAAGAAGGGGGAAAAUGGGGAGAAGAGAAAGCGUGGUGGCGAAGAAAUUAGUAAAGGGUGGACGAAGGAACAGGAAUUGGCUCUUCAAAGAGCGUAUUUUGCUGCAAAGCCUAGCCCCCAUUUCUGGAAGAACGUCUCCAAACUGGUGCCAGGAAAGUCUCAACAAGAUUGCUUUGAUAGAAUUCACUGUGACUAUAUGACACCACCUCAAACUCAGCCUCAUUCGAGGGCAAAGACAUUGAAGUCAUCACCCAUUCACCAAUUUUCUAUAUCUGCAAGUAAACUUCUCAAACCUAUUGAUAAAACAGUUAGAAAAUCCAAUGUUCUAAAACCAAAGAACAUCAUUACCCAGAAGUCCAUUGAGAAGCUGUUACAGCACCAUCUUAAAGUUGAUCUAGAUCGUGAAGUGGACAUAUUUUCUGUUCUUGAACCAAACACUGAUUUUUCUACUAAUGCUCUACAGCCUAGUGAAGCACUUUCUACUCCAAAGCAGCAAAAGGAAAACAAAGGGUUCCUGCAAAAUUGCACUGAAACAUCAUCUUCAAGCCAUAAGAAGCCACUUUCAAGAUUUAGUGGCUCGUGCGUUACAGAACUUGUUAGUCCCCCAGUACUAAAGAAAGUAAAGAACAGGGUAAUGCAUGAGAAAUAUAUCAAUCAAUUGCGCUGUAGGGAAUCUAGGAGAAGAGCAGCCGCUACGAAAAUAAUUGGUGAAGGAACCAGCAUUCAGAAAAGGGAUGUAGUUAAAGGAGCAAAAGUUGCCUUGGUUUCUGAAGCUAGAGAUGCUAUCAAUAAGUUUCAACAGUCUCAAGUCAAUUUGAUGGACAAUACUUGUAGUUCUGAUGAAGAUAACGGUGAUGGCGUUGAAUUUGAAGAUGAAAGUCAAUAGGUUUUUCUCAUGCUGUUUUAGUGAAACUUGUUGACUAAUUUCAUGUAUAGUAGUGUAUGACUUGUAGAUUUAGAAACCGUAGUCCCUACUCCCUAGCCUUGUAAACAACUAUUUUUAUUUUUUUUUAAAUCAGGUUUUGUUGUAUUUUUCUGUAGUUUUUUUUAAAAAAAGCAAUUCAGCUUUCAUACUUUCAUUA